AUGUUUGUUCAUGUUGAGAAUUUAGGAGUCACCAUUGAGAUGGAACAUGGGAUCUCAGGUGAGAUAGCCGAAGCCGCCUUAGAACAGCAGUUGUUUGAUGGUGAAAAACUGUUUCUAUAUAGUGACAUUCGUAUCGUGGAGAAGGCCUCUAACAAGCAGUUAAAAGCAUUGGAAUUUGAUCUGUUGGGAGAUCAUUGUACUGUGAAUUUUGUUGUAUCUAUGCUUGGGGGUAAAGGAGGAUUUGGAAGUAAUUUGCGGAGUUCUAAAGCGAAAGGCAGCUCAUCCAAAACUUAUUACCGUGAUUUGAAAACUGGGGUUACGGUGGGAGACUUGGAACGACUUAAAAAGGCCAAAGAAUUGCUUGAAGAACAUGGAAAGAUCAGUAAACAAGAAACAGAAAUUAAAAAGGAAAAGUUGGCCAAAUCUAUUGAAUAUUAUCAAGGAUUACUUGAUAGCAAAAAUAAGAAUCAUUUAACAGAGGAGAACCAAAAACUCUUGGAAGAUGUGGAUGAGAUACUUCAAGAGAUGAAAGAUAAUAUGAGUAUCGCCUUAUUCAGUGACGAUGAAAUUAGUUCUGAAGAAGAUGAUUAUGACGAUGAAUAUGCCACAGCAGAAGGAAGUAGUAAAGUACCUUCCUACAAACAUUUUUUUGAUUAA